AAAAUUUUUGAGAGGAGAGAGAGAGAGAGGAAUCGCUGAUUAGGGCAAAGUUACCCUCUGAUUUGCUGGUAUUUUGCUCUCUGCUGAGACUCUGAAGCUUGAUUUUCCGGGAAAAUUUGGGAUUUUCUAGGGAAGUUUUCAGUUUUUCUUUUGCCAUAAAGGUUUUGGAUUCCAGAAAGCAUAGUUGAGGGCAGGUUUUCCACUUUAGCCAUGAUAGUUUAUCAAAAAACUGUUUGCAUUCCCAGUGAUGGAUAGAAGUUUCUAAUGUCAGACUUGCGUAUGUAUGAGUUUGAAGAUAAUGUGUGGGAUGCAUUUAGAGAGAGCGAUGACCAUAUAGUACCUCAUCCUGCUAAGGAAUGUGGAGAUCAAUUUAGAGUUUGCAGUGAUAUUCAUAAGAAACCAUGGCACAAAGUAGUUGGCACUGUGAGUGAUGCUAGUGAUGCUGCUGGAUACACUCAGAGAAAAGAAAAAACUAGCUUGCUUACUCUGACCAAGAAAGAUAGAAUGCUAGAUAAGGGUUCAUGGUCUCAUGCACUGGAUGGUGUUUUUCCUGCUUGUAAUAGCGGCUCAGUCAAAGAAGUUGCAAGUAUAGCGUCUGAAGAAACAAGAGCAUCCAAUGGUAUUUUGAAAGUUGGAAAUACUGAUUCAGUUGGCAGUGAGUUGUGUUCUGAUGAUCCUGCCCUGGACGAAAAGAGUGCUGCAGAUGAUACUGACACAUAUCUUUUUCCACUCGGUCAAAUAUCUGAGACAGAUAAUGAUCUUAACUUUUUUGAUAAUGAUCAUGAAGACAAAGAUGACAGCAAUCUAUUAUACUAUGGAUGGCCAGACGACAUAGGCAAUUUUGAGGAUGUUGACAGGAUGUUUAGAAGCUGUGAUUCAACAUUUGGUCUGGAGAGUCUCAGUAAUGAGGAUGACUUGUGCUGGUUUUCGUUAUCUCAUGCUACAGAAGGAUCUCAAGAUGCAUUGAAGUCGGGUUCUAAGUUUUCUAGUUCUGAGGCAAGUGCAUUGAAUUACACAUCGGACCAUCAUGAUGCUUCUAGGCUAAACAAUGUCGAUUCCUCAGUCAAUGAUUCCAAUAAGGAAACUCUACUAACAGGUGAUAAAAUAAGUUCCAAUACUGCUGGAGCUACUGACAUUUCAGCGUUUGGUCAAUUGCAAUUCCCAAAUAGAUCUGUUGCAAACUCCACAAGUAAGGAUGAGACAAUGCUUCACGAGCAGAUAAAUAGCAAUAGAAGUAAGGUAAGGCACCAAAACCACUCAGAAGGAAAGAGAAAAGAACGGGACCUGGAUAAUGGUGGUUCUUUCCAUCAUAAUGGUAACUUAAAGCAAUUUGCAGAUGCAAAGUGUUCACUUGGGAAUGUGCCCCAUCAAGUUCUUUCUCCUCUAGGUGUUCAGCAACAUAAACAAAACACAGUUUCAGAUUCCUUGAAUCACAUGCAGACACAUUUGUCAUAUAUGCAUGUGGACUAUGGUCGUCCAUCAAAUCAAACUUUAGUCUGUCCAAAUCAAUCAAGAAUCAAAUCUGAAAGUAAUGGCAUCCUUUCUCCUCCUCCAAAGGAGACAUCAUUUGAAUCAAACCAAGUGCUUUUUAUGGAAAGUUCUCAUGGUCCCUCAUCAGAGGCUCCCGCUGUAACAACUGAGAAGAGGGAAAGGCUAUAUUGUAACCAGGAUUUAGAAGUCCCAUAUGCCAGGAAUUUGAAAAAUCCAAAUAUUGCAAGUGUGAAAUCAUUUUAUGAUUCAGUUCAGAAUCAAGCCCGUCAAUCCGGAUGCGAUAUUGAAGGUCACAGCGAAAUUGGAGGAGUUAGCAUUGCAAUUGCAGGAGAACUAGAUUCUUCAAAUGCACAGGAAAGCUCCUGCAUGAGCUCUGUGUCGGAUGAAAUCUCGCUAGAAGCAACUAGUUUUUGCCAGCUUCAACAAGUCAUGGAACAGUUGGAUAUUAGGACAAAACUGUGCAUAAGAGAUAGUCUGUAUCGCUUGGCAAGGAGUGCUGAACAAAGGCAUAAUUGUGUGAAUGCGGAUGUUGGUACAAGAGAUGAUAGAGACACAAGCUGUCCAUUGAUGGAUCAAGAAACAAACAAGAGCAAUGGAUUCCUUGAUGUGGAAACGGAUACAAAUCCCAUAGAUCGGUCUAUAGCACAUUUGCUGUUUCACAGGCCCUCAGAUCCAUCUGCGAUGCCCGUAAAUGAUGGUUUAUCUCUAAAGUCUCAUGCCAUGGUUCAAGGAUCUGUAACAAGUACACCUAUGAUGGCUAAGGAACAAGUUUGCCAGGACGAAACUGCCAGUGCGACAGACAAAAGUUUGUUAAUGAGUGGCGAGAAACAGUAAGUGUUAACAUGGCUCGCUCACUGUAGAAUAUGUAUAAUUUUUUGGAUUACAGCACAUUAUGAGAUACAAUGGCUUUUCAUGUGGCUCCAACAUAGAUAUUAUUUCAAUUCUAUGUUUGGAUCUCAUCAAUUCUCAGAUUUUUGUAAUCAACCUUGAUGUUGCCUUUGUAAUGAUUAGCUUGAUAACAUACUCAUCUGCUCAACUGUCCUUGUAAUGAUUAAAUUGAUAACAUACUCAUCUGCUCAACUGUCCUUGUAAUGAUUAACUUGAUAACAUACUCAAUCUGCUCAACUAUCAUUUUUGC